AUGGCAGGACCGCUGCGGGCCGCCCUGGCGCUGGGGCUGCUGGCGGCCGCUCAGCCCGCCCCGGCCGCGGGGCAGCGGCGGCAGGCAGAGCUCUUCCUGGAGAAAUACGGCUACUUCAGCGAGCCGGGGGCCGGCACACACAGCCCCGCCGAGUUCACCGAGGCGCUGAGGGAUUUCCAGCGGGUGACCCACCUCCCGCUCAGCGGGGUGCUGGAUGCCCCCACCCUCCAUCAGAUGGCUCUGCCGCGGUGUGGCACCGACGACGGGGACAGCCGCGCUGCCGGGGCACGCCGGGCACCGCUCGCCCGGCGCCGCAGGCGCACGGCACAGCACGGUGGGCGCUGGUACAAGCGGCACCUGACGUACCGGGUGGUGAACUGGCCGUCCUACCUGCCGCAGCACGAGGUGCGCCUGGCCGUGAGAGCCGCCUUCGAGCUCUGGAGCAACGUGUCCUCGCUGCGCUUCUGGGAGGCGCAGCACGGCCCCGCUGACAUCCGCCUGACCUUCUUCCACGGGGACCACAACGAUGGACUCAACAACGCCUUCGAUGGGCCAGGAGGUGCCCUGGCUCACGCCUUCUUCCCCCGGCGAGGAGAAGCCCACUUUGACAGCGCCGAGCGCUGGUCCCUGCACAGCGGCAAAGGGCGCAACCUCUUCAUCGUGGUGGCCCACGAGGUCGGGCACACGCUGGGGCUGCAGCACUCGCCCGUCAAGAGCGCCCUGAUGUCCCCCUACUACAAGAAGCUCAGCAAGGACUUUGUCCUCAGCUGGGAUGACAUCCUGGCCAUCCAGAACUUGUACGGAAAGCCCUCCAAGGGCUCGGCUAUCCAGCUCCCCGGAAAGGUCUUCACUCACUUCCAGGACUGGAACACGGACUUUUACAGCAGGGACCGACAGCAGAGGAGCCUCAGCACCUACUACUGCCACUCCUUCUUCGAUGCCAUAACCGCUGACGGGGAUCACAACCUCUACAUCUUCAAGGGCAGCCACUACUGGGUGGUGUCAGCCAGUGGCAACGCCAGUGACCCACGGCCACUGCAGCCACGCUGGCCCGGCCUCCCCGCCGGCAUCGACGCCUGCGCCUGCUCCCAGCUCAGUGGAAAGUUCUACUUCUUCAAAGGUGGCCGAUGCUGGCGCUACGCGGGCUCCAAGCUGGAGGCGGGAUUUCCCCGAAAAUGCAGCGCCCUGGGGCUGCCUCGGCACCCGGACACCGCCCUCUACUUCCAGCAGCUCCGGCGGCUCGUCCUCUUCAAAGGCCCCAAGUACUUCGUGGUGGGCGAGGAGCCCCUGGGCGUGGAGCCCUACUACCCGCGCAGCCUGCGGGACUGGGCAGGGCUGCCCCCGGCCACGGCCGGGGCUCUCACCCACCGCGACGGCUCCGUCUACUUCUUUCGGGAUGACCAGUACUGGAAGUUUGACCAGGCCAAGCUGCAAGUGGUGGCCACCGGCAAAUGGGCCACGCAGCUCGCCUGGAUGGGCUGCUGGGAUGCCAACAGUGAGCAGGGGCUGUUCUGAGCACGGCGUGACGGGACGAAACGGGGGUCUGGACCUCACCUCGCUCGCUGCUGCUGCCUGGAUCCCUCUAGGUGUGACUCUGGGGUCCUGUCUGAGGGUGGUUAGGCAGGGACUGGCUGCCCCGAGGGCAGCUGGAGCCGUGGGAUGGUGGAGCAGUGACCCAGCAGAGCUUGGAUGCAGCUGGGACAGGUGUGCCACAGCCAGGUGGCCUGCAGGCUUUGGGACAGUAUUUUUUAUAACAGACCACAGAAAAAUGUAUCAGCCAUGGAGACUGCAAACACACCCAUUUCUCUUAACUUCCAGGAUAUUGUUACACACGUUUUUCAAACCAGGACUGGGGUUUGGUGAUACUUUUUGAUAUCUUUGUUGAUACUUGUUGAUAUCUGUCAUUUUCCCACAAUCAGGAGGAGAAGUGUCUUGCUGCUUGCUUUGGGGUUUGGGUGGUUUUCAAGAACAGACUGACAGCAUCUGCUUAAAACUAAAAGAAAAGAGACAUUUGGGCAAAAAUUUGGGUCCAUGUGGAGCUUUGCCCCUGCUGUUUGUUCAGACCCUGGGGUAUGGAGGCUUGGGGAUGCUUUGCUGGGCUGUGCUCACAUGCCAGUGCUCUGCUGAGGCACCACCACGGUGGGAUUUUGGGGCUGAAAGCAGCGGGGUUUGGUGCAGGAGCCUCUUUGGGGUGGAGAGAAAGGCGGGGCUCAGCUGAGCUCUGGCCCUGUCACUGUGCAGCUCACAGGCAGCAGGAGCAUUGCCUUGCAGAUGGGUUUGGGGUGCCUGGGUGGGUUCUCCCGUGUCUGACAGGGGCCAUGCUCACCUGGCAGCCCUCACUGUGUGCACAGAAAGUGCCUGUGCUCCGCUGUCUCUGCAAGGGACAGGAUCCGUGAAUUUCUGAGUCCCUGGGCCCCACCCGGAUGAACGGGAGUGACAAAUCACUGGGGGAGGAGGGCAAGAGGAGAGGGUGAGCAGGACAGAGGGACGUGUCUGUGCCUGCAGGCCCACAGGGACAGUGUGGCUGCAUACUCCUCAUUCCUUUCCCAAGGCAGACUCCCCACCUGGAAACGCUGCAGGCUCCUGGGCAGGGCCACCAGUCCUGUCUGCAAAGGGCCAUCGUGUCCCAGGGCUGGGGGAUGGACUCAGCUUCCCAGGGCUGGAGUUCUGAGGCAUUGGUGCUGAACAAGACAGGGCUCAGCUUUAUUAAAUGAUUUAUUGAAACCACUUAUGCAGGUUCUGCCAGGACUCAGAGCCCAGCACCUCUCUGCUCCUGCUGUGCCAUGACAGGGUGCUGUGCUGGGGUGCCACGUCAGGGUACCCUCCUGAUGCCAGCAGCUUCAAGGAUUCCUCUUUUCCCCAUCUUUGCCCUUUCCAGACCUUCCCUGCAGAGCAGGGUUUGCCCUAAGCAGGGUGCCAGGGCUGGUGCUUCCCGAGGGCUUUCGGUGCUGCCAGAUGCCAGCUGAGCUGUGGGUUUGGCAGGAUGGGGAGCCAGCACUCUUCCCAUUCUCCAAAACACUUGUGAAUGAGCCCUUCAUGUGCAGACACAGACACAGGGUCUUCAUCUGCCCAAAACCUCAGGGGACUAUCCACAUUGCCAAAGAAACACACAUUUUCAUAGGAAUUGAAUGACAAUAGGGUGAGGUGGCCUGCAGGGAGUCCCAAGGGCUUGGAGACCUGACAGCAAAUAGAACCAACCUCUGGAUCUGUGGCAUUGGGAUUUGUGCUUGUUUUUAUGUCACACUUUGGGUUUGGGUUGUUUUUCUCCAAAGCAAAUCUCCAGUUUCCUGACAGGGCUGUGUUUAAGAUGCCUGUGGGUGUUUGGGGUUGGAGAGGGGAUUGCUGAAUUUGGCCGCAGCUUA